AAAAUGAAUGGCCUAAUCACUCAAUGGUCUCCAAAGAAUUGCCAUGGUCCCCAAAAUAUCUCUCAGGAGAAAGGGUGGGUAGGUGCCAAAGUCGGAACUGACAGUCUGGUGAUGUCAGCUAUAAGCAGUGUGUGAACUCCGGACUGGUUAGUAUUCAAAUACCAGAACAUCAACUAUCCCGCUAAGUUUAUCACAGCGGUCUUUAUUUUUUGGUUGUUAGUUUCAUUUCAGAUUCCCCCAAGCAGCUUAUGGAAGCAUUGAAGUACUGCAGCAGUUUAUUAAUGCUGCUUAGGUACAGUGUAGAAACUUCAAUUUCCCAUUUCUUUUCUUCAUUUCAAUUUCAUGAAUCAUGAUCAAUUAGGGAUUCUACUUUCUUCUCACAAACCCUAGUUCCUUUUCUUCUCUUCUCCAUAUGUGUUUCCUCAUACGAUGAUUUUUUUUACUCAGAUAAGAAUGUAAUCUCUGAGAGAUACAUAGAUUAUGAGUCUCUUCCUAACUACCCAAUCUCACAGUGUUUCAGUGGAAAGAAUAUGCUUACUAGUUUGAUUCAUAUUCGCGGUCCUGCUCCUAUUAAUCCUGUUCUGUUGUUUUAUUCACAAAUACAUAACUUAUCUGAGAAAGAUCGGUCUUUUGAUACAUACAUUGAGGGGAAAACACACACGAUCACUCCUGAUUUAAUCGCCAAUUGUCUUGGUUUGGAAAGGCCAGUAGAACCACUUCCUUCCCCUCCUACUAGUGAAGAUGAGUUGGUUGUUUCCAGAGAUGACUUUAGGAGUGCUGUUUUUCUGCCUGAGCAUAAGAAUUGGACUGGUCGUAGUCCUCGGAGUGACAUAAAAGUAGGUUGUUUGAAGCCAACCAUUAAACUCCUGGUUAGAAUAUGUCAAAGUAACAUUCUUACUAUACCCAAUCAUCACGAUACGACGAACCUGAGUUCGGUUUAUUUAUCCUUUUUACUUCUUCAUGGUUAUCCGGUUGAUAUUUCUUAUGUGAUUUGGCAUACAAUGGCUUGUGUUGCUCCCAAUUUUGGUAAAACUACAGCUGUUCCCUAUGGGAUCAUAGUUGGUCGAUUGUUGGGUUAUCUAGGUCACCCAUUUCCAGCUGAUACUCCAUGUACCAGUGUCCCUAGUGCAUUUGGCAGGAAACUUUUGGGUGUAAAUCGUCUUCCCUAUGAUCCUCGCGACAGCAAUGAUGGACCUUUGCCUGAACCGCACUCUGGUAACGUUUCUCCUCCUCCUCCUCCCCCUAGUAGUAGUACAGAUGAAGAUAAUGCUAGUGAGCUCCCACUUCCAAAUGAUCCUCCUAGAGAAUCAUUUGGGCAAUUUGUUUGUUUAUCUGAAUCCAUCCAGUCACUUAAGGAUACCAUGGAGGUUAUUCUUUCUCGUUUUGAGCAGCAACAUGAGGACUUCAUGCAACAAAAAAAAGAUGAUUGAAGAUAUUGCUCACCGGCAAAACCGCCUUGAGCAGCAACACGAGGAGUUCGGUCAACAACUGAAGAUGAUUGCUAGUGUUGCCACCAAACUGGACCGCCUUGAGCAACAACAACAAGAGGUGAUUAAUCGUAUUGAUCUCCAACAUGACCACCUUGAGCAGCAACACGAUGACAUUGCGGAGCAAAGAAAGACAAUUGACCAGAUUGGUACCCAACAUGACCUCCUUGGGCUGCACAUUGAGGAGUUUAAGCAUCAACGAAAGAUAAUUGACUGUCUUGGUAUCCAGCAGGACCGCUAUGAAUAACAACAUCAAGAGAUGAUUAAUCGUAUGGCUCGCCAACUUGAGCAGAAACACAAGGAGUUUGUGGAGCAACAAAAGACGGUUGAUUGGAUUGCUACCCAACAUGACCUCCUUGAGCUGCAUCUUGAGGAGUUUAAGCAGCAAAGAAAGAGAAUUGACCGUCUGGCUACCCAGCAGGACCGCUGUGAGAAGCAACAGCAAGAGAUAAUUGAUUGUAUUGCUCGCCUAGAUGACUGCUUUGAGCAGCAACAGCAAGAGAUAAUUGAUCGUACUGCUGGACAAAAUGACCGCUUUGAGAAGCUACAGAAAGAAAUUAUUAAUCUUACUGCUCGCCAAGAUGACCGCUAUGAGCUGCUACAGCAAGAAAUAAUUAAUCGUACUGCUCGCCAAGUUUGAGAAGCAACAUGAGGAGUUUGCACAGCUACAAAAGAUGAGUGAUAGUAUUGUUACCCAACAAGACUGCCUUAAGCUGCAACUUGAGGAGUUUAAGCAGCAACAAAAGAGAAUUGGCCAUCUUGCUUCCCAGCAAGACCGCUGUGAGCAGCAACAGCAAGAGAUGAUUGAUUGUAUUGCUCGCCAAGAUAACCGCAUUGAACAUCAACUUGGGGAGUUUGCACAGCUACGGAAGAUGAGUGAUCGUAUAGCUAGCCAACAAGAGCGCCUUGAUCUGCGACUUGAGGAGUUUAAGCAGCAAACAAAGAGAAUUGACAGUCAGCAAAAUCAAAAGAUGAUUGGUGGUAAUGCUCGCAAACAUGACAGCCUGGCUCGAUGUCAGACUCACUACCAAGCUAUGCUGAUGAAGGAUGUUCAGCGUGCCUACCCUGAUCAGCAGGUAAAUCCCAUUUGUCGGAAAUGCGGUGACUCGGGCAAUGCUGUGCUCCUUAUUUACUGCACAUCUGCUGAACAUAGCUAUUGUUUAGAUAAAAUAUGGAAUUUGGCCCAUCAAAUGGAUGGAAAUUAUCUCAAGACACGGUCAAGGUCAGUUUAAUUGACGAUGAUCCAGUCG